GGUUUUAAAAACCUGGUUUUUACUCUUUAGGUUAUUUUUGAAUAUCAAAACAUCUCCUAUUCUUGUUCAUCUGAUGAAUCAUCAGUGAUGAUAAAUUGUGCCUACGCAGCCUACCUAAAAGCGCCUCUCUCAAGAAUUUAACUAAAUCUGUAGACCUCAUCACCUUUAGACAGUCUCUCUCGAGCUCCCUUCAAUUAUCAUGUAGUCCAUUCAACAAAACCAAAGCCGUUCCUCAUGGUUGACUCAAAAUGACCGACAGUCAAAUUGUCAUUCAAUCGACUUGCCUGUAAUCACUCCUCUGUCAAUGUUUGUCACGCUGAUUCAGGUACGUUUCAUCAGACUCAUCUUCAUCCGCAAUCAGUUCAAUCGCCAGCGGAUUUACCUAUUGGUCCUUCACCAGCACCUUUAUAUUCAUUAAGUUCACUAUCCACAUCUUCAUUAACAUCAUUAUCAUUAUCACCAAUUCCACCAUCACAUCCCUUUCAUCUUCAUCAACAUUGUUUCAAUUUUAUGCCAUGACAUUUUUAUGCUCAACAUGGGAGGACCUAAGAAUUCAGAGGAAGUCGAACCGUUUUUGACCAAAUUGUUUCUUGAUCGUGAUAUUAUGACUCUUCCAAUUAAAUUAGGUCCAUGGAUCGUCAAGAGACAAGCACCCAAAGUUGCUAAAAAAUAUAAUCAAAUCGGGAGUGGAUCACCAAUCAGAGACUGGACUGGUGAACAGGGAUCUUUAAUGACCAAAAUUUUAGAUGAAAUAAGUCCAGAAAAGGGUCCUCAUAGACAUUAUAUCGGAUUCCGCUAUGCUAACCCUUUAACUGAGGACACGAUCACUCAAGUGGAAAGUGAUUCAUGAUCCAUUGAUCCAUCAUGAUUAAUUCCAUGUAUCAGAAUAAUUUCUUUGGUAACUCCUUCUCAUCAUUUUCUGGUUGGAAAAGGAAAGAACAAUUUAUUUCCAGUUCUUUUCAAUCGGAGA